GCCCUCAGCGCGGGGCCCGGAGCCUGCGCAGUGCGGCGGGGAGCGGCCUCCCGGCCCGGCCCUGCCCUGCCCGGCCCUGCCCGCCCUGCCCCGUGCCCGCCCGCCCGCGGGGUGACCGCGCUGGGGUCACUGCCCCGCUCCCCGCGGGGCCCGUGGGCACCGGGGACCGCGCCGCGACAGCGCCCCUCCCGCGCCCGCAUGGGCCUGGCCGAGCCAUGGCCGCCCUGUACCAGAGCGCGGACCCCUCCGCCUCGGCCUCGCCCAACAAGCUGCUGGCGCUGAAGGACGUGCGGCAGGUGAAGGAGGAGACCACGCUGGACGAGAAGCUUUUCCUGCUGGCCUGCGACAAAGGUGACUAUUAUAUGGUUAAGAAACUCCUGGAGGAAAACAGCUCGGGGGAAAUGAACAUAAAUUGUGUGGAUGUGCUUGGACGAAAUGCUGUUACCAUAACCAUUGAAAAUGAAAACUUGGACAUACUGCAGCUCCUUUUGGAUUAUGGCUGCCAGUCAUCGGAUGCACUGUUGGUGGCUAUUGACUCGGAAGUGGUGGGAGCUGUGGACAUUCUACUUAAUCAUCGGCCCAAAAGAUCCUCCAGACCAACCAUUGUCAAGUUAAUGGAACGCAUUCAGAACCCAGAGUACUCAACGACCAUGGAUGUGGCACCGGUCAUUUUAGCUGCUCAUCGGAACAAUUAUGAAAUUCUCACCAUGCUGCUAAAGCAAGAUAUAUCCUUGCCCAAACCUCAUGCUGUAGGCUGUGAAUGCACACUGUGUACUGCCAAGAACAAGAAAGAUAGUCUACGACAUUCCAGGUUUCGUCUUGACAUCUAUCGAUGUUUGGCCAGUCCUGCUUUAAUAAUGUUGACAGAGGAGGAUCCAAUCCUACGAGCUUUUGAACUCAGUGCAGACUUGAAAGAAUUAAGCCUUGUUGAGGUUGAAUUCAGAAAUGAUUAUGAGGAGCUCGCUCAACAGUGCAAAACCUUUGCUAAAGAUCUGCUUGCACAAGCACGGAAUUCCCGGGAGCUGGAAGUGAUUCUGAAUCACACAUCCAGCGAUGAACACGUAGACAAGCGAGGAUUGUUGGAAGAGAGGAUGAACCUAAGCCGCCUAAAACUUGCAAUCAAGUAUAAUCAAAAAGAGUUUGUUGCCCAGUCAAACUGCCAGCAGUUCCUGAACACGGUGUGGUUCGGGCAGAUGGCCGGCUAUCGCCGCAAGCACACCUGCAAGAAGAUCUUGACUGUUUUGAUGGUUGGCAUUUUCUGGCCAGUUCUGUCCCUGUGUUACUUGUUAGCUCCUAAAUCUCGAGUUGGUCGAAUGAUUCACACUCCUUUUAUGAAGUUUAUUAUUCAUGGAGCUUCAUAUUUCACGUUUCUCUUAUUACUUAAUUUGUACUCCCUUGUCUACAAUGAGAAUAAGAAGAAUACAAUGGGACCAGCCCUUGAGAGAAUAGACUAUCUUCUGAUAAUCUGGCUAAUUGGAAUGGUGUGGUCAGAUGUUAAGAGACUCUGGUAUGAGGGUUUAGAAGAUUUUUUAGAAGAAUCCCGUAAUCAGCUUAGUUUUGUCAUGAACUCCCUGUAUUUGGCAACUUUUGCCCUCAAGGUCGUUGCCCAUAACAAGUUCCAUGACUAUGCUGAAAGGAAGGACUGGGAUGCAUUCCAUCCUACCCUAGUAGCAGAAGGACUUUUUGCUUUUGCUAAUGUUCUUAGUUACCUGCGUCUCUUCUUUAUGUACACAACCAGUUCUAUUCUGGGACCACUCCAGAUUUCAAUGGGGCAGAUGCUGCAAGAUUUUGGAAAAUUUCUGGGCAUGUUUCUUCUUGUCUUGUUCUCAUUCACAAUUGGAUUGACACAACUUUAUGAUAAAGGAUUUACUGUAAAUGAAGAAAAGGACUGUGCGGGUAUUUUCUGUGAACAACAGAGCAAUGACACAUUUCAUUCGUUCAUUGGCACGUGUUUUGCUCUGUUCUGGUACAUAUUCUCCCUGGCACAUGUAGCAAUUUUUGUCACACGUUUCAGCUAUGGUGAAGAAUUACAGUCAUUUGUGGGGGCUGUUAUUGUUGGUACCUACAACGUGGUGGUUGUGAUAGUAUUAACUAAACUCCUUGUGGCAAUGCUUCAUAAAAGUUUUCAGCUGAUAGCAAAUCACGAAGACAAGGAGUGGAAGUUUGCUCGUGCCAAGCUCUGGCUCAGCUACUUUGAUGACAAAUGCACACUCCCCCCACCUUUCAAUGUCAUCCCUUCUCCCAAGACUAUCUGUUACCUCUUCAACAGUCUCAGUAAAUGGAUCUGCUCUCAUACAUCAAGUGGCAAAGUGAAACGUCAGAACAGCCUGAAGGAAUGGAGAAAUCUGAAGCAAAAGAGAGAUGAGAAUUACCAAAAGGUGAUGUGUUGCUUAGUCCACCGUUACUUGACUUCCAUGAGACAGAAGAUGCAAAGUACGGAUCAGGCAACUGUGGAAAACCUCAACGAGCUGCGGCAAGACCUGUCGAAAUUCCGCAAUGAAAUGAGAGACCUGCUUGGCUUCCGCACUUCUAAAUACGCCAUGUUUUAUCCAAGAAACUAAAGCCUAGCUUGUAAACAAGAAGUGUGUACUUUCAGAUACCUGUAGGUAAAAGUGCUGCCCUAAUUCUGUUGCCAGAUCAUAUCAACGAGAUAUUGCACAAAAAUACAUUUCAAAAUGCAUUUGCAUGAGUCGCAGCUGCAGCAGAGUGGUUGAAAUAAAUGCAAAAUCAGAUAUAGUAAUUUUCUUAGGCUUUCAGUGUGUAUAUAAAAUUUGUAUAUAGGAGUUUUUUAAAUGUUCCUCAGAGCGUGGCUGUCAGGUGUCAGAGCUUCAUAACUAGCACAACGUCUUUCUUUCUUCUAUUUUUGCUGUUUGUUCUUUUUUGAUACUUCUUUUUCAAGUUGUGGGGGAAGAUAGGCUUUUUAAACAAAAAUCCAGCCUACGUUUAUUUUUAAUAGAAAAGUCAGAUAUAGAAUAAUAGAAAAUUUCCAGCACAGUUGGAAAUUAUGUUUGACUGUAGGUUACAGUGCACGGGGAGACUGUAUGGCUCUGAAAGAGGCAGUUCUAGUUUUGUAUGUUAACGUUGACUGUAACAUUUAUAGAAUACAGCACAUCAAGUCAUCAAGACUCUUCCCUUUCAUGGGAACACUGACAUUUUGAACACAAAAUAGACCAACUAUUUCUUGAAUGUUGAUGGUUAUAUAUAAGACAAUCAAUCCCUGCUUGGAUUUUUCAGCAGUGCCUCAAUAGCACAUUUUAAUAUAUGUGCUAAGAUUGGGAACAGAAUUUUAAAACUAACCUGUGCACAUUUAAUGUUUGAUGUCUUGGGGUUUUAAAAUCUGGAUAAUAAAUUAUUUGAAUUAUUAGAACCUGUGAUUUAAUGAAAGUGAGGUGGAGCACAUGAGUGCUGUUGUUUGCAGUGCUGAACAAUUCCUGUGAAACAUUCUAUGCUUGUUUCUGUGAGAUCAUUGAGUCUGGUCAUUGGAGAGAUGUACUUCAGAAUGGUCUGCUUAACACAGGUUUUACAUAUCCUACUUUAAACUUUUUUUUUCUUUUUUCCUGUUUUUUACCACAAUUGUUGCCAAGCUAGAAUUUAGUUUAUGUCAGGAAUACUAUGUUUUGUGAAAACAUUGAUCUGACUUUGCUUACAAUGGACAGUAAGGGCUUUGUGGAUUUUCUGUGCUAGAGGGUCCUUUAUAUGCUUAUAUAUAUAUAUUAUUCAAGCUGAAAAAUUGUAAUUGAGAAAUGUGAGAUUCCUGUAUUUUUAAUUACAAAAUAAGUAUAUUUAUGACAGCUAAAGGGUUGACUGACAAUUUUGUUGUUAUGAUGGUGCUGUUCUAAAAUGGCUGUAUGGCCAGAAGGCGCAGGCAGCCAGAGUGGUCUUUGACUACAGUAGAUUUGGGGAGAUUGAUGGAGUGGAGGCUCACACGAAUGUUUACUUUUUUGAAGGAAUUCUUAUAAAACUCUUUCUUGUAAAGGUAAUAUAUUUUCUGUACUAUGACAUUAUGUAUUUCUGAACUAGGUUUUAAUACUCUGCUUCCAGAAAUGUUACAGUCUAGAGGGAUUCUGAUACUUGAUUUCAUGUGAAUAGGAAGUUAACCUCUUGGUUCAAAGCAAAGAGGAUCACUGAGUUUUGUAUUUGGACUCAGAUCUCAUGUCUGGAUGAUGCACCAACAUAAAAUCUAUGUGCUGUCUGUGUUACAUAGAUCCAAAAAAGGAAGCAGACAAAUAAAAGCUCUUUGAAAAAUGUGGUUGUAUUAAUAUUAGUCAUAUUGCAAACACGUUAUAUCAGGUACCACAUUGAAAGUAAUUUGUCAUGUCAAGGUAGUAAGUUUAAGGAAGGUAGCUGGUGUCAGUGUGUUACUGCCUUUUUUCCUCCUGGACUCAUCCUGUUUGGUUCGUUGAAAUGGCAUCAUCCAGUGCCAUGAAGAGAUGCUUGAGCUGGUUCCAGACUAGCUAGGCUGGAUCCUAGGACCAUUAUUAGCUGUUUGGCACUGGGCUCAUGCUGGUUGGUUGUGGGAAGCUGGGUAUGUUGAGAGUAUGACUGAAGGAGCUGAUGGACUGACUGCUUUUCAGAUGUUCAGCAGAGUCACUGAGAGCCAGCUUUGGGGUCAUUGUCUUGUGGCACAGUGUCCUACUACAGUGUGGAUGUCCUUAAGAAGAACUGUUGUACUUUAAGGCUCUUUUGGGGUGUUUGGCUGGGAACUGGGGGUCCUGGAGUUUUUAUUUGUCACUGAAAUGCAUACCUGUAAAGUGAUGGGGACCAGAGAGAGAGGUUUGUUCUCUGUUAUACCUUAGUUACAUAACAUUUUGCAUCUGUUUUGUUUGAAAGCUGUUGUAGUCUUCCUGUCUGCUUGGCUGCUAAUCAGUACAGAGUGCUAAUUACCCAGUCUUGUCUCAUUCUGAUUUUCCUAGUUCAUAUGUGUUAAACAUUCUAUUGCUUUCUUAUUUGGCAGUUUAAUACUGGCUGUUCCAGUAUUGUUGGGGAUCCAAGAUCUCCUUUAUGCCCACUCACAGAAUAGUUCUGGACAUGCAGAGGAACGAAAUUUUAGAUGUCACAAAAAAAAGUUUGGAGAAGCUGGAGUUUACUUGGCUGUAGAAUUCAGAAUGUUCUUGUACAAAUGUUAGCGCAAGUCAUAAAAGUACUGAGUUGGUUUUUUUAAGCUGAAAAAGGUUGAUCUUUAUUCCCUUUCAUAUUAAUGUGUGUUUUGUCUUAAAGCUAACUUUGCCUUGAUGAAUGAAAAAUGGAGAUGGAAAUUUUCAUGCCACCUGUAUUUGCAACAGAAAGGUCAAAACCACUCAUUACUGAAAGUAAAAGCUUAUUUUAUGUUCUUGCUGAA